CAACGCGUCUAUUCUAUUUGCAUCUCAUAACAGAGAGCUGAGAAAGGAAGAAAAAAGCGUGUGUCAGAGAUACAUAACAAUGGUUGUAGAAGAUACCCAAAAGUCAGUCAUCACGGAGGACCAAUACCCUAGCAGGGUCGUCAGCGACAACAACAACGACGACGACGACGAUGAUCUCGAAGAGGGUGAGAUCCCCGUCGACGGCGAAGAUAGCGGCGCCACCGCCACAACGAAGCCUCCGGCCGCCCUCGCCCGAAACCCCCACCCUCUGGAGAAUUCCUGGACCUUCUGGUUCGACAACCCUUCCUCCAAGUCCAAACAAGCCGCAUGGGGCAGCUCCAUCCGACCCAUCUACACUUUCGCCACCGUUGAAGAGUUUUGGAGCAUUUACAAUAACAUUCACCACCCGAGCAAGUUGGGUUUGGGGGCGGACUUUCACUGCUUCAAGCACAAGAUUGAGCCAAAGUGGGAGGACCCUAUCUGCGCCAAUGGGGGAAAGUGGACUAUGACCUUCCCAAGGGGAAAAUCUGAUACCAGUUGGUUGUAUACGUUGUUGGCGAUGAUUGGAGAACAGUUUGAUCACGGAGAUGAAAUAUGUGGAGCUGUUGUGAAUGUCAGAAGUAGGCAGGAUAAAAUUGCUAUUUGGACUAAGAACGCUUCAAAUGAAGCUGCUCAGGUGAGCAUUGGAAAGCAGUGGAAGGAGUUUCUUGAUUACAAUGACACAAUUGGCUUUAUAUUUCAUGAGGAUGCAAAGAAGCUGGACAGAGGUGCUAAAAAUAAAUACGUUGUAUGAAGUGUAUAGCGUUUUUAACUGGGUAGCAAAUGAAGGAAGGCAGUACAUUCCUUGCAUGAAGUCGCAUUUUGAUGCCUGGUCUUUCCUCUCUUACAUGUAGCUUAGCUGAAUUCGUAGCCCUUUUGGCCCCAUCUUUGUAGUACUUGCAUAUUUGUUGUGGAUGGAGGAUAUUUGACUGGAUUGGAUAUAAAGAGAGAAUCCUUGAUCACAAGUUUGUUUGUUAUAAGGCAAAUGAAAUCGAAAAGAUGUUUUCUUAAUGAAAAAUUGUUUGCCGUUUGAAGGCUUUUGUGUCAAUCAUAAUAAUAUCUUGUAAAGAUUGGCCUGUAAACAAACGUUUCUCCUUCUCCUACGACUUUAUUAGCUAUUAAUAUUUGUCAAAUGUUCUAAAUGUUCUGUAACCAAUGGAAUUUAGUUUAAUUA